CUCCACCAGCUUCAACUACAUACACGGGGGAGCAUCCCGAGGUUGGCUGCCAGGAACUCCCGACCGGAUACUUUUACCAUCCAAGGCGCACAGAUACACAUGAUGUUGGCAUCGAGCCUGAAACUUCUCAUACAAGGCAUUGGCGACUGGCUGCCUUCUUGUUCGAAGGGAGCAGAUGAUCUUCAACUGCCGGAUCCAUACUGCCGGUCUCGCCGGUUGUGGGUGUUCCCUGGCAGUGGAGAGCUCUGGCAUGGCUCUCUUUUCUCCCCACGAAGCACGGGCCCGUCCACAAGCCGGGAUCUCUCGUCUCGCCCGACAGCGGGGCAACCGGCCGAGGAAGAUCCGUGGUGGGUCAGCGCCAGGCGAAGGACGGAAGCCUCACCACAAGGGCAGCGUCCUUGACCGACGACUGUCAGGUGCCAAGGCAGACAAAAAGCCUCAAGAGGGGACUUGUGCGCCUGCAAUUUCAAGCAGGAUCUCGGAUGAUGAGUCUUUCUGACAGCAACAUUGAGCCUCAUUCGCAUGUUUCGAAUUUGUUUUUCGGGAUGCCAUUUUUGGAAGGAUGAGUGGGCUUGUGGCGGUGUGCGAUCUCCCUCCGCUGUUAACAUUAACUAUGGGCCAACGCGUGGGGGAGCUGAGAUGCGUCCAGGUCUCGGGCGGAUUCCCAGCCGAAACCGAGCUCCCAAAUUCGACCUCCUGCUUGUCCAGUUUCAUGCUGCCUGCCUUAUUACGACCCGUCUCCGGCACCUAACAGCGGUUCCCAAAGACGCAGAAGGUCCGGUGUCCGUCAGCCUGUCAUCCAUACAUCCGAGUCUAUCAGCUCACGACGCCAGACCGCAGAGUGAUGCGACGGGGCUUGGCGGUCUCAAUGAAACCCCCCGCAAACGGAG